UGUAUUCUUCUUCUACUGAGCUAAAUAAGCAGCUCUCUCUUCUGGGUAACGAUUUGACUAGUUAGAUCACAAAGUCAAAUAAUUGCAGACGAAGAAGAAGAAGGAGAUGAGGAAACGAGAUUUAGCGAUUCUUCUACUCUCUGCUUUUGCAAUAUUUUUCUCUCUUCAGCAUGAAGGGGAUUUUUCGUUUAAGGAAGCAUGGUUUCAUCUAUCUGAUGAUUAUCCUAUAAAGUAUGAAGCUGAAAGGUUACCUCCUCCAAUGGUAGCUGAUUUAAAUGGUGAUGGGAGGAGUGAAGUUUUUGUGGCUACUCAUGAUGCCAAGAUUCAAGUAUUGGCACCGCAUGUUAGGCGUGUAGAUGAAGGAUUUGGUGAAGCUCAUGUGCUGGCAGAGGUGUCCCUGUUGCCUGACAAGAUACGUGUUACGGCUGGGAGACGUGCAGUAGCCAUGGCAACAGGUGUUAUUGAUCGACAUUACAGACACGGAGAAGCCCAUAAGCAGGUCUUGGUAGUUGUUACUUCAGGUUGGUCAGUGAUGUGUUUUGAUCAUAACCUUAAAAAGCUGUGGGAGGCGAAUUUGCAGGAGGAUUUCCCACAUGGGGCUCACCACAGGGAAAUAUCAAUUUCUAUUAGCAAUUAUACGUUGAAACAUGGAGAUGCGGGUUUGAUUAUAGUUGGAGGGAGGAUGGAAGUUCAACCUCAUAUAUACAUGGAUCCCUUUGAAGAACUCGGUAUGGAAGAUAAAAAUGCCGAUCAACAUAGAAGAAGUGCUACUGAGAAGGAGGCUUCUGAAACUUCUGGAACUGUGGAUUUACGCCAUUUUGCAUUUUAUGCAUUUGCUGGUCGAACUGGUACACUCCGGUGGAGCAGAAAGAAUGAGAAUAUCGAAGCACAUUCUUCAGAUGCAUCGCAACUGAUUCCCCAACAUAAUUACAAGCUUGAUGUUCAUUCUCUAAACAGCCGUAAACCUGGUGAGUUUGAAUGCAGAGAAUUUAGAGAAUCAAUCCUUGGAGUCAUGCCACAUCACUGGGAUAGAAGGGAGGAUACUUCUUUUAAGCUGGCACACUUCCGAAGACACAAAAGGAAAACAUUGAAGAAGAUGCCUGGCAAAAAGACAAACAACUUUAAUCAUCAAGAGACUGAGGAACACCAUCCUCCAGGGAAGGACCAAACUAACAAAAUUCCAAAUCUCAUCGGGAAGGCUACAAAAUACGCUGGUUCAGCAAAAACCAAGCAGCGCCUGCCAUAUGUUCCUACAAUAACAAACUACACUAAGCUCUGGUGGGUUCCUAAUGUGAUCGUUGCUCAUCAAAAAGAAGGCAUUGAAGCUCUUCAUUUGGCUACUGGACGCACCGUUUGUAAGUUGCAUCUUUUAGAAGGCGGCCUCCAUGCUGAUAUCAAUGGAGAUGGAGUCUUAGAUCAUGUUCAGGUUGUAGGGGGAAAUGGGGCCGAGCAGACUGUGAUUAGUGGAUCCAUGGAGGUGCUAAAACCUUGUUGGGCAGUUGCAACAUCUGGUGUUCCAGUUAGAGAACAACUCUUCAAUGCUUCUAUCUGCCAUCAUUCCCCUUUUAAUUUAUUUCAACAUGGAGAGUUCGCCAGAAGCGCCACUAGAGCUCCCGAUGCAAGCUCACUCGAGGUAGCAACACCCAUUCUCAUCCAAACAAACGAUGGUCAUAAGCAUCGCAGAGGAAGCCAUGGUGAUGUUGUCUUCUUAACAAAUCGUGGGGAGGUGACUUCAUACUCCCCAAGCUUGCUUGGUCAUGAUGCUAUUUGGCAGUGGCAAUUAUUGACGGGGGCAACUUGGUCGAAUCUUCCAUCUCCAUCAGGGAUGAUGGAGGGUGGGUUGGUGGUGCCCACACUGAAGCCAAUCUCUUUACGUGUACAUGACAAGCAAGACAUCAUACUUGCAGCAGGGGAUCAGGAAGCAGUGGUGAUAUCUCCUGGAGGAAGCAUAUUAACUUCAUUUGAUCUUCCUAGUCCUCCCUCUCAUGCCCUGAUAAGUGAAGAUUUCUCCAAUGAUGGUCUUACUGAUAUUAUUCUUGUGACAUCUACUGGUGUAUAUGGGUUUGUGCAGACGAGGCAGCCUGGUGCCAUCUUCUUUAGUACACUAGUAGGUUGCCUAAUUAUCAUAAUGGGAGUCUUAUUUGUAUCCCAACACCUAAAUUCCGUGAAAGGAAAACCUAGAGCAUCAGCAGACUACAGUUAAGAAUGAAGGAUCAGUUAGGUUUUAUGUUCUCAUUGCGGGGAAGAGUGCACGAAUAGAGGCUAACAGAAAAGGCAGCGGUAUUUUGAGGAGGUUGGGCAGAGCCGUCUUAUAGACCAGGCUAGCUAGGCUAUUGCCUAGAGCCUCACAUUGUUGGGGCCCAGAAUUCUAAUUUUUCUUGCAGUUUGAUUUUUAUUUUUUUUACUUCUAUUCUUGAAGCAUUAGAAUGUUGUUCGUUUAGAAGUACCAUACUGCUUAAUUCCAUCCAGCUAUCUACUUUUGCACACUUUUAUAUAAGAACAUCAGAGUUUAAUAUAUUAAGCAAUUUCUUAAACUAA